AUGAAUUCUGAGAUAAAUUCACUUGCGUAUUCGAAAAUGUUUUUACAUUUAGCAAAAUAUCCUGAAUUGUCAGUGAAUGGUGUAUUAUUAAGUCAAAAAUCCGAUUUAAUUUUGCAUUUUGUUGACUGUGUGCCAUUGUUUCACGGCAUAUUAUCUCUCACACCAAUGUUAGAAAUUUCAUUAACACAAAUUGAUGCUUAUUGCUCGAAACGUAAUCUAAUAAUUAGUGGUUAUUAUCAAGCAAAUGAAAAUUUAAACGAUUCACAACCAAAUUUAAUCGCAAUGAAAAUUAUGGAAAAAAUUAAGGAAAAUAAUCCAGAUGCACUUCUGUUUAUGAUCGAUAAUCGUUUAACAGAUUUAGACGAAAAUGAUCGAUUUUACAAUGUUUUAUCACUCAUUGAUAAAAGUUGGAAAGAUGCAUCCGUUAUGCACACUGUAAGCGAUGAACAUGCUCAUAUUGCCUUAUCACUAGUACAACGGAAUUUUCAUCGUAAAUUAGUUGACUUUGAUAAUCAUCUAGAUUCAAUAUCCUUAGAUUGGCGUAAUAAUCAAAUUAAAGAAGAAAUUGAUCGAACCAUCUAG